UAAACCCGAGCUUGUAAAGUGGGAAGAGGAGGAGGAGAGGGGGGAAGAAGGGCGGGCACAAGCCUUUCCUCAAAGUCAAUAUUCUAUACUUUUGGUACUCCUUCACGCUGGAUUUCAGUUCUCCUUUUCACAGACGUUCCUAGAUCUAGGACACCGAUCUACCGGGCGCAGCCUUCCACGGUGCGAUAAAAAGUAUCCGGCAAACAAACAGCGAGCCGGGGCACGAGGAAACCCGGAGCACAGUGAGCACCGCGGCGGGGACCGAACACUGGACCAUCGGGGCAUCUCUUUUUUGUACCCAAAGAAGGGGGACGUGCACGUACAAAGUGCUGACCUGUUUCGCGGAUGCAUUUUAGAAGAUAAUCAGAGGAGCACGGCCGGUGCAAAACCUCCAAUGGAUAUACCUGAAGACGCAGCAUCAUCCACCCGGAGCAGCGCCACUCUUUCCCCGCGGGACUCCGCUCUCUGAGGGCAUGGACCCGCGUUAACAACUCCCACCCAACUCCCCUGCAACACUAUGGUUAAAGUGUAUGCCGAGAUUAAGCUCUGUAACAUUAUCCGCCUCUCCACCCAUCAGAAACAAGGAAGCGUCCCUCCCUCGGCAGUUUGGGACCGUCAAUAUCUGAGAAGAGACACUGAGUUACAGAAAAAGAUCCAGUGUCCUCCUGACAUUUAGGGGAAUCUAAAACCCUGGAGGAGAGUUGUGUGCAUUUACAUCCAGCGUUUCACUCUCAGUACAGCAGCAUGGCGGUGGGGAUGUCCAUUAUUUCCUUAUGAUCUCCGCUCCAUGCGCGUCACCCCUUCUCUGAGCUCCGUGGCCCCCUCACCCUGCGCCGGACCCGGCUCCAAUCACCACCCCCCCUGACCUGCCAUGCUCCUCCAGGCCGUGUUUCUGCUGCUGCUGCACUGCUUAGCCUCCACGCUGGGCCAGUACGAACUGUGCAAGUCCCUGGUGAGCACGGAUGAGGGCCCGGUGUGGGAGCAGUACGCGUGCCAGCCGAAAACCGCCUCCAUGAAAGACCACAUGCGGAUCAAAGUGGAUCCGCCAGGAAUAACUUGUGGAAACCCACCCGAGAGGUUCUGCACUCUGGAGAACCCAUAUCUGUGCAGUGACGAGUGCGAUGCCUCUAACCCGGACCUGGCCCACCCCCCCCAGCUGAUGCAGGACAAAGAGCGCACCGGCCUGCUCACAUACUGGCAGACGGUGACUUGGAGAAGCCACCCCGAGCCCCUGCUGGCCAACAUCAGUAUGUCCUGGAACAAGAGCCUGGAGCUCUCCGACGACAUCCAGGUCACCUUCGAGUACGGCCGCCCCACCAUCAUGGUUCUGGAUAAGUCCAUGGACCACGGGCGCUCCUGGCAGCCCUACCAGUACUACGCCGACGACUGCAUGGACGCCUUCAACAUGCAGCCCAAACUUGUGGCCGACCUCUCGCCCGCUAACAUCACACGGGUCAUCUGCACCGAGCAGUACUCGCGCUGGGUCGGCUCCAAGAACGACAAGAACGUGAAGUUCGAGGUGCGGGCGCGUUUCUCUGUGUUCGCGGGGCCGCGGCUACAGAACAUGGACAGCCUGUACACCCGCAUGGAAAGUAUGAAGGGAUUGAGGGACUUCUUCACCUUCACCAACCUGAGGAUGAGGCUGCUCAGGCCCGCCCUCGGAGGCACCUACGUCCAGAGAGACAACCUGCUCAAGUACUUCUACGCCAUCUCCAACAUCGAGGUACCUGCCAGGUGUAAGUGUAACCUCCACUCCUCCCAGUGCCUGCUGCUGGACGGGAACCUCCAGUGCCAGUGUGAACACAACACCACAGGCCAGGACUGCCAGCGCUGCAAGAAGGGCUUCAAAGCCAAGUCCUGGAAGGCAGGGUCCUACCUGCCGACCCCCAACGGGACCCCCAACUCCUGUACAAUUGCUGGUUCCCCCUCCGGUUCUAACUGUGAGUGCUACGGCCACUCCAACCGCUGCAGCUACAUCGACUACCUGAACAUCGUGACGUGCGUCAGCUGCAAGCACAACACCCGAGGCCAGAACUGCCAGCACUGCAGGCUGGGAUACUUCCGCAACGCCUCUGCCGAGCUAGAUGAUGAGAACGUGUGCAUCGAGUGCAACUGCAACCAGAUGGGUUCUGUUCAUGACCGGUGUAACGGCACGGGCUACUGCCAGUGUAAAGACGGAGCCGCGGGGGCCAAGUGUGACGACUGUCUGCCCGGAUACUACUGGAAACAAGGCUGUUACUCUAACGUUUGUGACGAGGAGAUGCUCCUGUGCCAGAACGGAGGAACAUGCAACCAGAACCAGAAGUGCAUCUGUCCUCCAGAGUUUAAGGGGGUCCUGUGCCAACAGUCCCGCUGCGAGGCAGGCAAAGACUGCAGCGCCGCCCCCCCCCUGCACCUCAGCACGGCCGCCCUGCUGCUCUGCACUCUGCUAGCAAACCUGCUGAACACGUUAACGCCCCACUGAGCCACCAAACCCCCUUGGACCAGGGAGUGUGUGUUUAUGUGUGUGUACGCCAGGCCAGGGGUCUGAAGGGCCGCCUGGACGCGUUGAACACACACGGCAGCACUCGCAAAGAGCUCACUCACACAACACGAACUAGCCCCUUUCAAACACAUAAAUACACACACGCACACCUCACAGGACUGUUAUGAUACCGAGUGUGUGCUCAGGUGUGAGGAAAAAAGAGGAGCGACCUCAGAGAAAAAAGAUGCAGACGGAAAGAGGGGGGGGGAAUCAUACCAACCACUGUUCCCUUUAUUCCUGAGCUGGAGCAAUGCGCAUCAAACCAAAAAGCAUAAACACUUAAGUCACCACUGUUUCACUUCUAAGGGAAUGGCUGUUACACACAUGUGGACCUUUUCUUUUGUCCUUUUUCCUUGGUUGGAUGACACCUCCGUCUGACUGACGGCCGACGUGUGUGUGUGGGAACACUCGACGGCGUUCGAUCCCGCUGCUGAGGCCUACAUAGUAUAUUAACCAGGUUUCAUUUCCUCUCAGAAGAUGAGACUUGAUUUUACAUUUAUUCUAUUUCUGCUGCUUUUCUUUUUUUAAUAAUUAUAUCUUGAGUCAUUGUAUCUAAUGUGCCCACUGACAGUCGCUGAGAUUAUACUUAUUAUAUUAUAUCCAGGGGGUUACAAAUUAUAAAAAAAGAAUUUAGUCACUAUUGUGGAUGUUAUAGGAAUGAGUGAUUGUUGCCACACUUAGCGAGAUUUAAUCUUCACACAGUAUUCAGGAAGCAGAAUUUAACAGAAUUUAACUUAUCAGAAGUUUAAAAGAGAGAGAAAAAGAUAUCGACCACGUAUCACUAUUAUAUGACAUUAUUUGAAUAUUUUUUGUAGAAAUUAUUUUUGUUUGGAGUUACAAUAAAUUAUAAAGAAUGACAUUUACAA